AUGCCACCGCCGUCUCUAGACAGCCUCUAUCGAGAGUUAGCCUACUACUCCGCCUUCACUACACCGGAGGAAGUCCGUAUUACCAUGCUCAGAUUGUUGAGCAGGUUCAGCAUCGAUGAUUUGGACAACGCCAUUGUUGAAUGGCGAUUCAAUCGGGCUAUCCGCGACGACCAGCUUCUCAGUCUGCUCCAAAGCCGGUAUCUGACCCGCAACCCGGAGUCUUCAGGGAUCCUCAGAGAAAUCGCUGUUCUCGAGAUUGAACAAUUUCAUAGUCAGCGUACCGACGCUGACCAGUCCAGCCGUCGCCGCUGGUCGAGCGCAUUGUUAUGGGAUUCGUCUAGGUUGGAUGUCCACCCUCCGGAGAAUUCCACCGAAUGGGCAGCGAUCGAGAAGAUCUAUGGCCUUAACCCGGACGAUGUCAUCAACAUCGACUACAACCAAUGCCCUCAAGCACUCUCUGCCUUGGAUAAAGCAGCUUCCGCCCUCUUACGCGACAACAUACAGGACCACACAGAGGCAUGGGCAAGGGACCGUGAUGCUCUCGUUGCUCUGCUACGGGCAGGGAACUAUGCCGGUGCUGAGACUAUAAGGGGUACUAUUUUUAAGGAAGAAUAG